AUGUACAAUUACCUCGUCACGGCCCACAAGCAUUCGGGCGUCUCCCACACAGCCGUCGGCAACUUUCUCAGCCCCGACCACCGAAACCUCCUCGUCGCCAAGGUCCAUUACAUCCAGGUCUACAACAUCACCCCCGAGGGAUUAGUAUGCGCCGUCGAGCUGCCCAUCUUUGGUACUAUCUCCGUCAUGAAGCUGAUACGCAUGCCGCACGACACCCAGCAUCAUCUCGUCAUCCUCACCGAAAAGGAAAAGCUCUGCAUCUUGCGCUGGAACCUCGAAGAGAAUCGCUGCCAUGUCGUCUCCACGGGAAACAUGCACGAUGAGUAUGCCGUAACGGAAGCCCAGGAGAAGAUCGGUAUCGUCGACCCCAAUGGCCGCUGCAUCGCCCUGUGUCUGCGCCAAAAUCUACUCAAAAUCAUUCCCACCUCUGGCGACGCAGAUCGCACCGCGUUUAAUGUUCGCAUGCGCGAGUCCUCGGUCAUGGACAUGGUUUUCUUACACGGCCGCCCCCAUCCCACCAUUGCUGUCAUUUUCGGCCGGGAUAAGGUCAACGCGAUCAGAACCUACGAGAUUAGUAUACAUGACCAGGACAUUCGCCUGUGCGAACCGGAAAAGACUAAUUUGGACUUGUCCUACGUGAAGAUGGUUGCCGUCCCCCAGCCGUACGGUGGUGUGCUUGUGUUUGGCGAUGACGCCAUUAUUUAUCUGUCCCCCGAAGGCGAUGAAGUCAAACAGCCUAUUGAUGCUACAAUAAUUAACGCCGUCGGCCAGAUUGAUGACGAGGGGACCCGGUAUCUGGUCGGCGAUCACAAGGGGCAGCUCAUGAUGCUUAUGCUUGUCGAAGGCCCCUCGCGUGCGGCCGUUCUUCAGCUUAAAGUCGACGUACUCGGGGAGACCAGCGCCGCCCGCUCUAUUUCUUACCUUGAUAGUGGAUUUGUAUAUAUUGGCUCUAGGAGUGGCGAUUCACAGCUAAUCAGGCUGGGUAGGCCUGGCAAUUCAGAGAUGGGAUCUCUGGUCGAUGUUGUCCAGUCGUACACCCACCUCGGACCUGUUGUCGAUUUCUGCAUUGUUAAGGGCAUGGGGUAUUUGCGUCAGGGGCAAGGCCAAGUCGUCACAUGCUCCGGCUUGGCUAAGGAUGGCUCGCUGAGGAUUAUCCGCAACGGAAUUGGCAUUUCGGAGCAAGCCUCUGUCGAGCUCCCUGGAAUCAAGGACAUGUACUCGCUUCGGCGGCAUUUUGGUGAUCGCUACCAUUCAUACCUGCUUCAGAGCUUCACCUCUGCAACAAGGGUUUUGGAGUUGAUUGGAGCACAUGAAAUGGCUCCGGCAUCGCUCCCGGGUUUUGACGAAUCGAGUCCGACGUUGCACGCUGCAAAUAUGUUGGGUGAUAUUCUCGUGCAGGUUACGGCGAAUGGCGUUCACGUCACGGACUGUCAAACUAUGACUCCACAGCCUGCACUGGCCUGGCUUCCCCCGACUGAUGUGCGCGUAUCGAUAGCGUCUGGGAACGCAACGCAGUUGCUGCUUGCGACGACUGGGGGGAAUCUCAUUUACCUCGCGGUCGAUGUAGAGAAGAAAACCGUUGUCGAGGUGUCCCACGUGAAGAUGGAAAACGAAAUUGCAUGCGUCAAUUGCAACUAUCUCAAAGUAUCAUCAAAAAUGACAGACGUCGCGGAGAAGAAAGAAGAUCAACAAAUGGCCUUUGUCGGAGCAGUUGGGUUAUGGGCAGAAGUGAACGAAUGCCCUGUUGUCAAGCUUGUUGCUCUUCCAUCGCUGGCGACGAUCCAUACCGUCGAACUCGGUGGAGAUGUCAUUGCGCGCUGUGUCUUACUGUGUUCCAUGGAAGGUCGUCACUACUUGCUCGUUGCCUUGGGCGAUGGCUGCUUACUCACAUACUCUGUAAAUGCAGAGACAGCCGCCGCCGCAGCGGCGUCAGGGGAUCCGGACGUUCAAAGCACAAUGAACACUCCUUCGGUUGUGUCUGAAAGGAGAAAAUUGAGCGUCGGUACACAACCCGCCGACCUUAGCAUUUUCAAGAGCCGAGGUUCGGAUCAUGUCUUCGCCGCUUGCGACCGCCCGACAGUGGUGUACGCAGCUACGGGUGGUGGCAAGUUGUUGAUUUCAAACGUUAACCUGCAAGAAGUGACGCGUGUUUGCGGAUUUGACACAGCAGCGUUUCCGGAUUGUCUAGCAAUCGCAACCGAAGACUGUUUGCACCUUGGGGCAGUCGAUGAGAUUCAAAAACUACACAUUUCAACUGUACCCCUUCAUGAGCAACCACGACGGAUCGCUCACAUGGAAAGCGCAAGAGUUUUUGCGGUGCUGACUGAAUCGACUCACAUUGAUGAAAACGGAGAUGAAACUUUAGAACAGUUUGUCCGGACUAUUGAUGACACAAGAUACGACACCAUUGACAAGUACAGGCUGAAACCGAUGGAAAUUGGUUCUGCAAUUCUCGCUACUACAUUUAAGAAUGAUAACAUUAACCCUGACGAGCAGUUUUUGGUGGUCGGCACCGGGUUUGAAAAGCCAGAACAAGAAGAUGCAGACGAAGGCCGAAUUCUGAUAUUCCGACUACUUGACGGUAAACCGGUCCUCGUGUCUGAACUACAAACCAAAGGUCCGACGCACUGUUUUUGUUCAUUUGACGGAAUGUUUUUGGCAGGUACUGGACCUGAAGUGCGGUUGUUUUCGGUCUCAGCCGGAAAGGAUGGGGUCAUAACAACAAAAAUUGAAGACAAGCAUCACGGGCACAUUCUAGGACUCCAAUUAGCAAGAAGGGGAGACUUCAUUCUGGUUGGAGAUUUAAUCAAGUCGAUCAUGGUAUUGACAUGCAAGAAAGUGGGCGAGACGUACCAACUUGAAGAAGUUGCACGAGACUAUGGUGCAACAAUGGUAAUGGCAUUGGAAAUGCUUGAUGAUGACGUCUACGUAGUUGCGGAACACGGAAAGCACCUGCUCACGUAUCAACGCAACUCGUAUGCAGCUACUGACGCGGAGCGUGGUCGUCUGGAAAGGAUAGGCCAGUUUCAUUUGGGCAGCAGGGUAAAUAGCAUUCAGCACGGCUCACUGGUGAUGCAGAUGACUGACAAUGAAGGACCAGCAACGAAGACGCUAAUAUUUGGAACACCCGAUGGAACGCUUGGUGUCAUUGCCUGCAUUAAGCCCGCUAUAUAUGAGUUCUUCCUUGCACUACAAAACGCAAUGGCCACACUGAUCCCUGGAGUUGGCGGCUUAAGCCAUGCCGAUUGGAGAGCAAUGACACAGGAAACACCUCCUAGCACGGCCCCUGCCAAGAAUUUUGUAGAUGGCGAUCUAAUAGAGAGGUUUCUAGAUUUGAGUAUGGCUCAAAUGUCCAAGGUGAGCUCCAUGGUGAGCGUCCCUGUGGACGAACUAGUUCAGAAAGUAGAAGAAAUGCAGCGGCUACAUGGUGCAGGAUAAAGCGGCAUGAUCAAAGGAUGUUCGAGAAGUGUUUCAGAGAUGCUUGCAAAGGUGACGUACCCCUGCUGCCGUGGCAUCUCACUGUUGCAACUGGAUGUACAUCGCAUUGUACAACGAAACUACCUACUCGUGGUCGUGAACGAUGGGAAGGCCAUUUGCGCCCUGACAGUUCUGUAUGAACAACAGAACAAUAACUACGCGUUUAUCGCCGUACGCAACUUUCUGUAUCAUCAGGCAUAUCGCCGAGCAGAUGGAGGAGCUUGAAUAUGCAUUCUACAAAUUUCUCUCAGAUGACAAACUGUGACAGAAAAGCCUUUGUGAUGUCAAUUGUCAUUCGCUUCGGCUUUUCUUGAAUCAAGUCAAGUCCAAAAAGAUUGGUGAUUGACUGUAUCUGCCCGCUAGGGCAAAAGCCCGCUGUAAACGUAUACUUAAUUUUCUCCU